GUGACCGACGGAAAGGAGCCUUCUUUUCCCUGCUGCGACCCCCGAGCAGGGCUCCGAGGAGCACUCCUGUUCCACGGAUCAAGCUCUCCGCAGCAACUUCCAGAAUAAUUUCCUCCGGGGGCCCGAGGGAUAGGGGCCGAAGAGUGAGGCCGAAGUUCUCGGAGCCGCUGAGAAACCAUGGGCUCUGCAGGCGGGGUCCGAGUGCUCCAAGGCUCACGCUUCUCCAGAUAAACAGGAUGCUCGUGAGAGAGCUGCACCUGUUCGGGAAAUAGCUUUGUGAGACGAGGUUGCAGACCUACUCACAACCUGACGUUAGAGAAGCUGGAAGAGUUCCAGUUCCUUUGCUUGGCCGACUACCCUCCAGAAUGUUGAGAUUGCCAGAGAAGUGACCUCCGCAAAAGGAAAAUAUUACUCCACUGAAAUUCAAACGACAUCCUCUGCGGUGCCGCAGCACAUGGAUUUCAGGACUACCUGUGAGGAGACAAAGACAGGGAUUUGUUUGCUGCAGGAUGGUAAUCCGGAGCCUUUCAAAGUGCGGCUACACCUGGCCAAAGAUAUUCUGAUGAUCCAGGAACAGGAUGUGAUAUGUGUGUCUGGUGAGCCUUUCUAUUCUGGUGAAAGAACGGUGACCAUUAGAAGACAAACUGUAGGAGGAUUUGGAUUAAGCAUAAAGGGGGGAGCGGAACAUAACAUUCCAGUUGUCAUUUCAAAAAUCUCCAAGGAGCAAAGAGCCGAGCUCUCAGGACUGCUCUUCAUUGGGGACGCAAUUCUGCAGAUAAACGGGAUUAAUGUGAGGAAAUGCAGACAUGAAGAAGUGGUUCAGGUUCUUCGGAAUGCCGGAGAAGAAGUGACCCUGACGGUCUCAUUUUUUAAAAGAGCACCUGCUUUCCUCAAACUCCCACUGAACGAAGAUUGUGCAUGUGCACCGAGUGACCAGAGCAGCGGCACCUCCUCUCCCCUCUGCGACAGUGGCUUACACCUCAACUAUCAUCCCAACAACACAGACACGCUGUCCUGCUCUUCGUGGCCCGCGUCCCCGGGCCUGAGGUGGGAAAAGCGGUGGUGUGACCUCAGGCUGAUCCCUCUGCUGCAUUCCCGGUUCUCCCAGUACGUGCCCGGGACAGACCUGAGUCGGCAGAACGCUUUUCAAGUCAUCGCCGUGGACGGGGUCUGCAGCGGGAUCAUCCAGUGCCUCUCUGCUGAGGACUGUGGCGAGUGGCUGCACGCCGUAGCGGCCAAUAUUUCCAGCCUCACGAAGCACAACAUUAGAAAAAUCAACAGAAACUUCCCUGUAAACCAGCAGAUUGUCUACAUGGGCUGGUGUGAAACGCGGGAACAAGGUCCCCUGCAGGACAGCGCGUACUCGCCGGCGUUCCUAGCCCUGCGGGGCUCGUGUCUUUAUAAGUUUCUGGCACCUCCAGUGACCACGUGGGACUGGACCCGAGCAGAGAAAACGUUUUCAGUUUAUGAGAUUAUGUGCAAGGUUCUCAAGGACAGCGACCUGCUGGACCGGCGGAAACACUGCUUCACCGUGCAGUCCGAGUCUGGGGAGGACCUCUACUUCUCCGUGGAAUUAGACUCUGACCUCGCCCAGUGGGAAAGAGCCUUCCAAACAGCAACCUUUCUGGAAGUGGAACGGAUACAGUGCAAGACCUAUGCGUGUGUGCUGGAAAGUCACCUGAUGGGGCUCACGAUCGACUUCAGCAUGGGCUUCAUCUGCUUUGACGCUGCGACCAAGGCAGUACUUUGGAGGUACAAGUUUUCUCAGCUUAAAGGUUCUUCGGAUGACGGCAAGAGCAAAAUCAAAUUUUUGUUUCAGAAUCCAGAUACUAAACAGAUUGAAGCAAAGGAGCUGGAAUUUUCGAACCUGUUUGCUGUUCUUCACUGCAUUCACUCGUUCUUUGCCGCCAAGGUGGCUUGUUUGGACCCUCUCUUUUUAGGCAAUCAGGCUACUGCCUCUGCUGCUCCCAGCUCCGGCAUGAUGAGCAAAGCCAAGUACAUGACUUGACGGCCUGAGCUUGGCAUCCCUCUUACCUUGACUUAUAAAAACAAUCAUACUCGUCGCUGUAGACCCUGGAGAAGCAAUCACAUCAUAGUCAACAGUGAAGCCAAGUUGAAAUUUCAGCAGAAAAGCAGGUCAUACGUAUCUCAGAAGCACUUCUGUUUUGAAGGCCUCUGGGAAUCAUCCUGAAUGAACAGGAUAGCUUGCUCUCUAUCGGUGGGUCGGUGCCAGUGUGUUGCUUUCAUCAGAAGAGAAGACGAAAGAAUGAAUGACUCGAGUAUGUAAAUAAUAUAAAAAAUUGUAAGCUACCUAUAAAUAAAAAUACCCAUUAAAUGGUCAUUUCGGCAUUUUAGAUUAUUUGGUAUGACAAAUACAUGAUGGGCCUGGUCAGGAACGAAUACCCCAUCACUGCAUCAGGAACAGCAGAAAGGAGACAGUUGCACAGAGACCAGCAGGCAAAAACCCUCGUCAAAGAAGAAAGCACUUUAACUCACUGGUGUGGACUUCUCCUUGUACCCUCCUCCCAUGAGUUGACACUGGCACUCCAAUUUUUGUUUAUCUUAUUGUAGAAUAUUGCUGAGAAUUGCAAAAGGACCAUUACAUUUUACCUACGGUAGACACAAUGUGAAACAGACUAUUUCUUCCUUGGGUCACUGACACUGAGUGUUUUAUUUGCAGCCAGUGUCAUUCAAAGAUGCCAAAAUGUGUCACUUUAAUGAUGAAUGAAGGGAACAUCCAUGAACCUCUUGUUCUUUCCUUCAUUCAAGGAGAUUUAUAUUUUACCUGGAGUUUAUUAUUAAAUUAAAAUUUCAUGAAUUUUCAGUGACCCCCAAAAACUUGUAGAGAAAAUAAUAUCAACCCAUGCGGUGUAAGAAACAAUUCUGUGUAAUCCUGACCCUACCUGUUAAUGCUGAACCACAGUGUCCCUAGGAAGCAUUCUCAAAGCUAUGACUUAUGUUGGGUGAAUGACAUCUUUCCAUUUUAGUUAGAGUUUAUGAGAGAAUAAGGUGAGAUAUGAAAAUAAAAUUUAAAAUUUCUGACUUGUCAUGAAAAGUGAUUAUGUAAUGCCAAACUGUUUGAGUUAUUUUAGGCGUCUUGUCUUAGGAAUGUAAGUGUGAAGAGAUUGGGAAUUUGAAAGCCCUGAAGUUGUGUGCACACGACUCGGAUCCCAGGUGUUACAUAACUAUUUGUAUAACAUUUUCUUUCCUUCAAAGCAGCUGUACUGAAAUUUACUUUUAAACAACCACCUUCCCAUUAAGAAAAAAAUUGCUUUUUUUAAUACACAUGUUCCCAACUAAAUCAAACAUUGGAUCCUUCCUUGUGAAAAUGACCAAUUAUCUAAUAAGGUGGAUUGAUUUUUUUUAAUAAGAAAGAAAAAAGUCACUCAAGAAGGAAACAUUAUUUGUAAAAAGGACACAUGAAAAUUAUAAUUAAAAAUAAACAUCAAACUAUUUCCAUACUCAUUAUAAAUUAUUAAUUCACUUUUCAUCUGAUUAACUCUUAAGUGCAUUAAAUUGAAAAGGAAAAGUGAAGGUUCACAGUUGUACCUGGCAAGUGUUAAGUUCUAUCUAGGAUGACUUUUGAAAAGAACUGGGGCAGGACUUCCCUGGUGCAAUGGUUAAUAAUCCGCCUGCCAACGUAGGGGACACAGGUUCGAGCCCUGGUCCAGGAAGAUCCCACAUGCCGUGGAGCAACUAAGCCCGCGAGCCAAAACUACUGAGCCUGCGAGCCACAACUACUGAGCCCACACGCCACAACUACUGAAGCCCAUACGCCUAGAGCCCGUGCUCCGCAGCGAGAGAAGCCACCACAAUGAGAAGCCCACGCACCGCAACAAAGAGUAGCCCCGGCUUGCCGCAACUAGAGAAAGCCCUUGCGCAGCAAAGAAGACCCAACACAGCCAAAAAAUAAAAAAAAUAAAAAGAACUGGGGCAAACUGGACAAUAUACAGUUUAAUAUAAUUUAUACUGAACAUCAAACUAAAUACAUAUCCAUAAUUGGGAUAACACUAUGGAAUUAUUGCUCACUGUGUUUUGAUCAAACAGAGCAGUCCUUUUAUUGGAUUGGCCAAAAAGUUCGUUCGGGCUUGUCCGUAAGAUCUUUUUGGCCAGCCCAGUAAAAUCAGAAGCCCACCAAAAACAGGCUUCAGGAGGCCACCAGCUCAGGGGGUGGAGUGGAGGGAGGGGGCAGCUGCCUUAGGAUCCGCAGCCGCAGUGGCCAGCUCAUCACAGACCCUCUGUUACCAGCUCGAGUUUCGUGUCAGCCCGCCCCACGCUAGGGUGACGUCUGUGUGUCCGUGGUGUGAGAAUCAGGGGAUCUACAGGCAAUAUGAAAUGGGCUGCUUAGCCUAAAGAAAGAAAAAGGUUUUAAAACUUUCUACAAGUGUAAUGUAAUCAUUAAAAAAAAAUGUCAGGUUUUGUAAAACUCCAUUUAAAAAAUACAAAAAGGUGAUUUAAUUAAAUAUCCUUUUUGUGUAUCAUAAAAAUCUUCUAGGCUGUACUUACGUGUAUAAUAAAGGAAAAGGUGCACAAUGAGAUAUGUGUGGGUAUAUAUCUCCUUGUACAACACACACACACACACACACACACACUCGUAUAUAUAUAAUAAAAUGCUAAUCCCAUAUUAUAUAGAAGAAUAUAUUUCAAAUAAAUAUAUUAAUAUACUUUAAAUUUACACUGUAAAUUGUAGCCUGAAUUAAAAUUUAUGAUAAUACCAUAUUGUGUUUAUUUUUGAUACUCUUGAAAAAAAAAGCCAUGGGCCCAAAUUGCUACUUAACAUGCUUGGUGGAGAAGCCACCUACUAAAAAAUAUUAUUUUGAUUUUCCUCAGUUAGCAAAUAGUGUUGAAUGUUUCCUUUCACAGUGCAAUGAGUAGACACUGUCAUUUGCUAUAACUUGGACUACUUGAAUGAGAAAGUUUAGAAAUGAACAAAAAUACUCAGAUAAAUCUCUAUUUCUCAUGUAAUUUAGGUUUAGGUGCAUGAGAUUUAUUCAUCAUAUCCUGGUUCAUAUUAGGGCACAUUUUAACAACAGAAUGCUUAAUUAUGUGCUAACCUCUCCAGUGCCUUGGUAUAUGUGUGUAUGUGUGUGUGUGUGUGUGCAUACACAUUAUACAUAUAUAUACAUAUAUGUAUACAUAUGUAUGUAUAUAUAUACACACACUAAGGGUUAUAUAAUUAUAGUGUACAUAGUACAAGCUUGAAGGGAACAUUACAUUAUACGUACUUGGGUCAGAGAAGGGAAAUCUUUGCUAACUACUAUAAUCAUGUAUUUUGCCUGAUAAAGAAUAACAAUUCAUUUAAGCUGAAGUAUAUUAAAGCAGGGGCAUUUUUAAUUUGUUAUAUUGCCACAAGUAUUUAUUUCAAAUACUUUAGUAGAUAAUGUAAGUAUAAUGUGUACCCCAACAUGUACCAUCCAACACUGUUUUUAAGGGAAAAUAAUCAGCGUAUCAUUUCUUGCCCAUUUUUCAGGCAUGUACCAGCUAAGCGUUUUAAAGCCUUUGAUCACAAAGCUCAUUCGGCAGAAGCAGCAUAAUUCCCUGAAAAUAAAUGUCAAUCCCAUAUUCAUUAGGUCAACAGAGAGACUUUCUUUUUGUACAUUAGUUUAAAGUUAGAGAUUUCCCUCAUUUUCUAAAGCAAGGCUUGUCAUCAACUUUGUUUACAUGGCAUGCUGGAUUUGAGAAAUGCUUGACUUAUUACUGUGGAAAAAUAACCAUCCUAACAAUGAUUCAGAACUAUCGCUACAAAGCAGCAAUGUGGGGAAGCUUUAAAAGCACAAGGACGAUCUUGGGUUUAACUUUUUAAGGUAAGUGUCGAUUUCUGAUAAUAUUAACACACAUGUUGCUACCCUUAAUACUGAAGUCCUGAUGACUCUCCACAAGGAAAUGCUUUAUUCAUUCCUCUAAAACUCUUGUUUAUGAUUUUUUCUUGUUCCUGAAUACUUUAAAAUCAUAAUUCACUUCUUUGCACAUUUGAUGUUGCUUUUAAAGGUAAAUAAAAUAUUAUAAAUGUUAUAUAUUUAUACAUAUUAAAAUACAAUGAAAAUGCCAGAAAUAUGAAAUGUAUUUAUUUCAUUUUUAAUUGUUUUGGUCGAUGUUUGUAAAAACAUUACCUGUGUUUUUAAUUAAUAUCUGUGACAAAAGCUCGUCACUUUGUUCUUUAAGUUCAUUAAUGUACUACUAGUAAAACUGUACCUUUUUUAAUGAUGCAUACUGGAAAAUAAAAACAUAAUUUUUU